AUGCUUGAGAGCAGCGGUGCAAGAUCCGGUGGCCCGAGGAAGAGUGCUAACUGGAAUGUUCUGCUGAGAGUAGUCAACCUGUCUACUCUGAUGAUUCUUAUACGUUCGGUCUACCGUCUGGUCGAAUUUACUGAAAGCAAGGACGGAUAUAUUAAUCUGCACGAGUGGUGCCUGUAUGUCUUUGAUGCAUUGCCAAUCUUCCCAUGUGCGGCAUUGUUCGUCUCCUGGCAUCCGGGGAAAUACCUCCCAUUUCUAGGGUUUCGGCUGCCGGCGCAUGCCCGGUAG